GGUGAAGAAGCAAAGCAAGAUGAUUCUGACGAUGAUUCCGACGAUGAUUCGAGCGAUGAUGGCAUUCCCGAAGGAAUCAGAGAAGCCGUCAGGGAACAAACUCAGCGAAUUGAUGAUACCAUGGAGGAGAUUCGGGCAUCAGGACGACCAAAGCGUAAGACUAGGGUUCCUGACAGACUGAACCUCCAGCAGCAGCACGUGAAACCCACGAAGACUAUGUUUGGCUAUCACCUCACUAUGGCGGAUAUCAAGAAAGGAUUGUCGCCAGAAGAGAGAGACGCUAUCAUAGAAGACUGCCACAACAUCACGGAACAACAAUGUCCUCGGAAAGGAAGUGUUCGUGAGUAUGAUGAGAUUGAAGGAAUGGUUAUGGCACAGUACAUCAAUGAGUUGAACGACCGCUUUCAACAAGGGAAGUAUGGUCACAGUUACGGACAGCAAUAUUUGCUGGAUGAAGGAUUGAAAGUCUUUGGUGAACGUGGUUACAAGGCCGCUAUGAAGGAAAUUGGCCAAUUGCAUGAUCGAGUUGCAUUUGCUCCUCGUGAUCCUGCCACGAUGACUGAGGAACAGCGAAG